GUUGCCGAAAGAAAGCAAAGAAAAUAGGACCUUUCUCUCUCGCUCCAACCCUCCCCCCUACUUCCUUCUUUACCCUUCUCCUCUUUUACCCCUUCCAUGCUACCACCCCUCAUGUGCCUUGUGCAUGCACCAUAAACUUUGUCACUGUAACAUCACUCAGUCUUGGACAAAUUCCUAGCUCCACAUCUUCGAUUCUCGCCCAUAUCAAUAUUCCACACACACACACACUUCAAUAAGAAGAAGAAGAAGAGGAGGAAGAGGAAGAGGAAGAGGAAGAGGAAGAAGAAAGAAGUUGUUGUUAUUGUUGUUGUUGUUGUUGUUGAUGGAGUUCUUCUCAGCACAGCCAGAUUUGUCACUGAGAAUCAGCCCGCCGAGUGCCACUUCCACGGAUGAGAGUAUUGAGCUAGGGUUUUGGAGGAAGCCGUCGGUCAGUACCGCCUCCAGUAGUCCUUUCGCGGCGGCGGCGGCGGCGGCGAAAGCGGGCGUCGGCGAGGCCACAAGUACUGACUUCACCCUGAAAACAAGCCCGACGUGUCCCUACUUCCUCCAUUUCGACCAGCACCACCACCAGGACCCCCUCAGUUUGAUGAAGCCCAUAAGGGGGAUCCCCGUCUACGACCGGCGGCUGCCCUUGCCGUUCACUCUGUGCGACUCCUCUUCCUCCUCGAGCAACUCUCUCUUCGCCCCGGCUCAAUUAGGGUUGUCGAGGAUGUCGUCGCCGAGGUACUACUUGCCGCCGCAGCGGCUCUUCGCGGGGAAACGGGGGGCGAGGGCACCGAGAAUGCGAUGGACCGCGACGCUCCACGCCCGGUUCGUCCAUGCGGUCGAGCUGCUCGGCGGCCAUGAGAGAGCCACUCCCAAGUCAGUUCUUGAGCUCAUGGAUGUGAAAGAUCUCACCUUGGCCCAUGUCAAAUCUCACUUGCAGAUGUAUAGGACCGUGAAGAACACAGAUCACAGGACAUCAGCUUCAGAUCUUAAAGAUAAUUUCGAAGGGUAUGAUCAGAAUGGAUUGAGUAGAGAAUUAGUCUCUGACGAUAACUCAUCAGAGGGUCCAAAUUUGCUCACAUUGGGAUCGACCAUGCAUCAGGGAAGGGAAAGCUACCUCAAUGGUGAACUGAGGAAUACUGCUAAAUCACUUAAGUCUUCUUUUCUUUUUUUUGGUGCAGAAGGACAUGGAAACAAGAAACAUGGAAGUGUUUUCAGAAUUGAGCCCGAGCAAACUCAAUCUAGACUUCACAUUGGGUAGGCCACAAUGAGUUAGAUUAGACAGAGAAGUAAGGAUGUAUCCAUUGGCAAAAUAAAGGAUUUCCAAAGACAAAAAGUGUUUUAGAAAAAAGUGAAAGAGACCACAAGAAGAUUGAGGCAAAGGAGUGGAGAGGGAGGGGGGAAACAAAAUGUGCAUGCCUCUGAGAGAGUUUAAUUAAUUAAUUAAUGAAUCAAUCAACAGAUGUGUUGUACAAAUUAAUUAACUAAAUUGAUGGUUCUAAAUGCAUGUCAA